AUGUCCUCGAUACAUUAUAAGUUUCGAGCGACAUUGGAAUACAAAACACUCCAGUUCGAUGGGUUACACAUCACUGGAGCAGACUUGAAGAAGGAGAUAUGUUUGAAGGAAGGAAUCAAGGCAGAGGCUUUCGAUUUACUUUUACAGAAUGCACACACCAAGCGAAGUUACACGGCAGAAGAGCUCAUUCCUCGAAACUCGUCGAUCAUUGUGCAGCGAGUCCCAAGAGAAGAUGCUGAAAAGCUUCCGAAAAUCCAGGGUGUCAAUACUGGAAUCGUGGCAAGGCCUUCAACUGCAGAAACGGAUUGGGUAGCCCCUGCGCAUAUGAAUCCGGUACGUUUUCUAUUCAAAUUGAUCCAAGUUUCUGCUGAGAUGAUCGCUUUGAGACAGCUCAAUUUUUCUUUUAAGGAGGAAUUUGAAAAGUUAUCGGAGGAAGAUCAGAUCGCUCAUAUCAAGGACGUAUCUACAGCGAAGUACCACUCUAGCAAUUUUCAAAAGAAAACGACGAACAUCAUGUCUGGACCGCCUCCUCCAACCUACACUUGCAAUCGCUGCUAUCAACCUGGCCACUGGUACAAGAACUGCCCAAUGGUAAUCAUGAACGAUGCGCGGAUGCGCCAUUUGGUCGCCGUCGCAGAUGAAGGACCUGCUGUGGAACGUGUGCCACCUCCAGAACUUACGUGCCCGCUGUGCUCACACCUGUUAAAGGACGCUGUACUCACCACAUGCUGUGGUCAUUCUUUCUGCGCUGACUGCAUCUCCAAUAAGCUCAUGGAGUCGCCAGAACGUCAAUGUCCAGGCAGAAAUUGUGAUCAGAAGCAGUUAUCCGUCGAUGCAUUGGUGCCGAACAAGACAGUGCGCCAAGCUGCACAAGCAUGGGCUAUGGGUGGACCGGGCUCUGGAAAUCAAGACCAAGAACACAUGAGGUUCAGGAUUGGUCUCCAACCUGCCGUCACAGUGCCCGCUGCAUCCACUCCCCCGCCACCGUUGGUAACCGGAGUACCACAAUCAUCGGCACCCGCAACACUGACAACGACUACUCAACCUUCGGAUUCCAUAACGGGCCAGAACUCACCAAAUCCAUUCGUGACUGCACCACCUGUUCCUAUUCCAGUUCCGGCAUCUUUCUCACAACCUCCGCCUAAUAUGGUACCUGGAGCGGUUGCAAGCUCAUCAUCCUCUGGAGACUCGUUGCUGCCACCUGGGACAACUGCAGUUCCCCCGCCUACGAUGAAUUUACCUCUUCCACAUGAGAUUUCCAGGAGUCGGAAUCGAUCAUCCAGUUCAUCAUCUGCCUCUUCAUCUGGAGAUGAUCGUAGAAAACGACGUGAACGUCAUGAGCGAGAAAGACGUCGUACACACCGUAGCGAGAAACCAAGGGAAAGGGAACGCGGUAGAGACAAUAGGUUUCGCCGAACGGACGAUCGGAGUGAGCGAAGAGAUCGUGAUAGAGAAAGGGAAAGGGAAUAUACGGAACGUGAUAGACAUCGUGAAAAUAGGCCACCACGAUCAGGAAUGUAUCAGUCUCGCCCGCGCAGUUUUAAGGAGGAGGCACCUUUACCUUCUCUUAUGGGACUGGAUGUGACCACGCCGCCCAUCGUUAGUACUGGUGGUGUAGAGAAACGCGAGAAGUCAAGGAGUCGAUCGAAAUCACCACAGAACACACCCCAGGCAGCGUCAACAAGUGAUCGAAAGAAACGGAAGAAGAAGGAUAAAUUCAAGAAUGAUCCAGGCUACCGCUCUCGUAAAACGGAAAGGGAGCAGAAACCAAGGAAAUUUAAUGAAAGUGAAGACGUCGCUAGAGAAAUUGCCGAUGAAGAAGCUAUAGAUGGUACACUAAGAGAAGUGGCAGAGUUCGUACGGGUAGAAGCCAACUGUGAUGAUGACGGCAUUGAGUUUGACAUUGAGGAAACGGACGUGGUUAAGGAUGUUCUGACUGAGGCGGAAGAUGAGAAGAGUGUCACAGAUACGGAACCUCCACCUGAAGAAGCUGUAGAUACAGCUGUGGAAGCAUUGAGUGAAGCAGAUAAUGAAGAGCCGGUAGAACGUCGAUCCGAGUCUGAUGCCACUCAUUCCACUUUGGUCACUAGGGAUGACACCACCGACAAGGAGCGCGAUACUGUUGUUGAAGAUCACGCAGUAGAUGAUGAAGAUCGAGAAAGUCCGAAGAAAAAAGAGAAGAAGCAUAAGAAGCACAAAAAGCAUAGGAAGCAUAAGAAGAAGCUCAUGAGAAAGAAAGGAGGACCUCUUGUGAUGUUGCUGAAGCGAAAGAUACUGAACAUGCCACUCUUAAGGAGGAACGGCGGGGAUCUGAUAACAACAGCAGUGCUAAAAGGAAGGAACAUCAUAAAGAGUCUACCAGUGAUCGGAAGUAUGAGGAAAAGGAAAGAAAGUCUAAGGGUGAGAGUAGCAGCAAGCGACACGAUGACAGACAUGCUGAGCGCAAGGAAAGAAGUGCAAGAGAGCGAGACCGGAGCAUGGAUAGGAGACAUGGAGAUAAAAGUCAUAGAAAGGAAGAAAAAAGUAGAAAUAGAAGUCGUGAAAGAGAUGGGCAUAAAAGCAAAGAUGAGGGAAGCAAGCGAAAGGGAAACGAUGAGGACCGAGAAAAAAAUCCUCUCAUACGGCAGCGAGAAAAAGACAGCGAACGAAAAGCGAUUGUGUCAUCUAAGGACUAUCGGGAAAAGGAUCAAAAGAGCGAGCGAUCGAGUGACAAAAACCGUGAUCAACGAAGAAGGCUCGAGUAAUUUGGAAAAUAGAGCACGGGGAACUCCUGAAUCUACCGGAUCCAAAGUGCUGCAUCAAAUCAGCAAGGAACCCAUCGUUAAACAGACCGGAUCCCAGUCAAAAGAAUCAAGAGAAGCUGUGUCUCAAUCAAAAGAGUCUGAGGAAGCAACAACUGCAGUUCGGAAGCAGAAAGUGCCGGUCACUGCUCCUAAUGAAGAGGAGCCAGUAAUGAAACAAUUGAAAACGGAAGGUGCAAAUACGAAAAGUCCGACAAAAGCUGCUCUUGCAUCGAUGGUGAAGUUUAAGGUAAACGCGGCAGCUGCGAAAAAAGUGGCCCCAGGUCUGAAGCCAUUUGUACCCGUGGCUCAAGAAUCGACAGACGUUGAGGAGGAUAAAAGUAAGGCGUCGGCAACAGACGACGACGGUGGAGGUGAUCGGAGAAUGCGUGAGGCCUUUUCUCCACCAAAACUUCAGAGAAAAAAGAUCACUCUCAAUCUCUAA